AUGAAGCAGUUCGUAAUUUUAAGCUUACUUCUAGUGGGCUAUAAUGCCCGUACAACGAAGCAAGAACGACGAUUUCCUGAUGAUUUCGUCUUUGGGGCAGCUACAGCAUCAUAUCAAAUAGAGGGAGGAUGGAACGCAGAUGAUAAAAGUGAAAGCAUUUGGGAUCACAUGACUCACAAUAAACCCACUGUAAUCAAGGACCAGAGCAAUGGUGACAUCGCGGCGGAUACUUACAACAACUACAAGCGCGACGUUGAGAUGAUGAGAGAACUUGGUCUGGAUGCUUACCGUUUCUCUUUAUCCUGGUCUAGAAUAUUGCCUAAUGGCUUAGCCAACAAGGUCAGUGAAGCAGGCGUUGCUUUCUAUAACAAUUAUAUCGAUGAAAUGAUAAAAUAUGGCAUCACUCCAAUGGUAACACUUUACCAUUGGGAUCUACCACAAAAACUUCAAGAAUUAGGUGGCUUUGUGAACCCUUUGUUCCCAGAGUGGUACGAAGACUAUGCUAGAGUCGUGUAUGAACAAUUUGGAGAUAGAGUCAAGCAUUGGAUAACGUUCAAUGAACCCAGAGAGAUCUGCUAUGAAGGAUACGAUACGACUACAAAGGCUCCGCAACUGAACGCUACGGGCAUUGGUGCAUAUCUCUGCGCAAAAAAUCUAGUUAUGGCACAUGCUAGAGCUUAUUAUGCCUACAAAAAUGACUUCGCUCCAAGUCAAGGUGGAGUUUGCGGUAUAACAAUCAGUGUUGCUUGGUUCGAGCCAAAGACUGACUCAGAAGAAGAUCAAUUCGCUGCUGAAAUAAAGAGGCAAGGAGAGUGGGGCCUCUACGCAGAGCCAAUAUUUUCAAAAGAUGGUGGAUUUCCUAAAGAAUUAUCGGAAAUAGUUGCCCAAAAAAGUAUUGAACAAGGAUAUCCAAGAUCCCGCAUGCCUGAGUUUACUGAUGAAGAAAAGGCCUUUGUUAAAGGUGCAGCCGACUUCUUCGGAGUGAAUCAUUACACAACUGUUUUAAUUUCGGCAACGGAAAAUUUAAACGAGCAUGUAGUACCUUCUUUAUCUGAUGAUGUAGGUACAGGAAACUAUGUUCCAGAUGAUUGGCCUAAAUCUGCAUCUUCAUGGUUAUACCAAGCUCCUAAUAGUAUCCACAACGCGCUCACACACCUCAAGAAUAAAUACAACAACCCAGUGAUUUAUAUUACCGAGAACGGCUGGUCCACCUCUCCUGAUGCUGGGCUCGUAGAUGAUGACAGGAUAAGGUACUACCGAGCGGCUUUGGAAAGUGUCCUAGAUGCGUUGGACGCCGGCGUGAACCUUAGGGGAUACAUGGCAUGGAGUCUAAUGGACAACUUCGAAUGGAUGGAAGGCUACACAGAGCGUUUCGGUCUAUAUCAAGUGGACUUCGAGGACCCGGCACGCACGCGCACUCCCAGGAAAUCGGCCUUCGUGUACAAGCAGAUCGUGAAGACGCGAGUCAUCGACCACGAGUACGAGCCCAGCUCUAUGACCAUGACCAUCGACGAAGGUCACUAA